UAUAUUUGUUCCUAGAAACAGGCGAAGGGAGGCAGGGAGAGGAGCGCAAACCCGUGCAAUGAGGUCCUGAUGGGAGAAGUCGAAAGCAUGUCUUGUGAGUUGCCAUUGAAGUGGCACUCUGCUACAUCUGGGAGGACAUAACCCCACCAGAAACAGGCGAAGGGAGGCAGGGAGAGGAGCGCAAACCCGUGCAAUGAGGUCCUGAUGGGAGACGUCGAAAGCAUAUCUUGUGAGUUGCCAUUGAAGUGGCACUCUGCUACAUCUGGGAGGACAUAACCCCACCAGAAACAGGCGAAGGGAGGCAGGGAGAGGAGCGCAAACCCGUGCAAUGAGGUCCUGAUGGGAGACGUCGAAAGCAUAUCUUGUGAGUUGCCAUUGAAGUGGCACUCUGCUACAUCUGGGAGGACAUAACCCCACCAGGCUAUACUGCAUGCACAGAUUUUAGCCACCGAGGGGAAAUUUGAAAAGACGCCUUACUGACUCAGGUUAACAAAGUGAAGGCGCAAGAAAUUAAAGAAUAACAAGUAGUGCCUAGAGCAACCAAAGAGUGCAGUGAACCCCAUGCAAUCAUGCGGGAUUCUGUUUUCAAUUGCUGUUUUACUCCACCGCAUCCUUCAGCCGCUGAGGUUGAGCUGCCAGCGCACCGCCAUCGUCGUGGAAACAUGGCUGAGGCUCCCUUGCCCAACGACCGCCGGUUCCUGAUCUUCUUCGACUUCGACGAGACGCUGGUGGAUGAGACCAGCGAUGACAUGGUGGUGCAGGCCGCCCCUGGAGGGGUGCUCCCCGGGUGGCUGAAGGACACCUACAGGCCCAACCACUACAACGAGUACAUGCAGCGCGUGCUGGCCUACCUGGCCGAGCAGGGCGUCUCCGAGGCAACCAUGCGCUCCAUCAUCGAGAAGAUCCCGGCCUGCCCGGGGAUCCCGGCGCUCCUGCGAUUCCUCCAGUCUCGUCCGCCGCGGGACUUCGAGGUCGUGUGCGUGUCCGACGCCAACACCUACUUCAUCGAGUCGUGGCUGACACGCGCUGGCUUCCGACCGCUAUUCCUGCGCGUCUUUACCAACCCCGCUCAGUUCGAUCGCGAUGGCCAGCUGCAGCUCAGGCCCUACCACUCCCAUGAGUGCCAGCGCUGUCCGAGCAACUUCUGCAAGGCCGUGGUGGUGCGCGAGUACAUAACCAGACGCAUCCGGGAGAGGGGAGGCCGACCGUUCCAGCGGGUCUUCUAUGUCGGCGACGGGGCCAAUGACUUCUGCCCGUCCUUGACGCUGUCGCCGCGGGAUACCGUUUUCCCGCGCCGGGAUUUCCCAAUGCACCGACUCAUCCAAGAGAUGGCUGAAGCUCAGCCAGGGAAGUUCAGGGCCAACGUGGUGACUUGGGCCAGUGGGGAAGAUGUGAUCAAUACACUCAGGAAGGUAGUAGAGGAGAGGGGGUAGCAAGGCCUGUAGCCUUGGACACACACACACACACACACACAAGCACACACAAGCACACACACACAGAGACACAAGCACACACUGACACUCACAGACACCCUCAACACACUGCACUACACAGAUCACACUACACAACAAAUUAAUGCCAACUCCUCACAACCUAAACCCAUUAACUCAGUAUUUCACAGAUACAAGUAAUCAGCCUCGCUGCCAGGCAUCUCGAUAAUAGUUUUAUGUGCAGCUGAAUGAAGGUUGAGCAAACAGUGUAUUGCAGGGAUUACAAGCUGCUUCGGUUACUUGCAGCAUUUUACUGGUGCUCUUAUGAGGUGUUUAUCCAAGCAGAAACAGAUUGUUGCUAGGCAAAUUAAUAUAACCUUUAGGCUUGAGAGAACACUGUCACUAAGCAAGCCCCUCUCAUCCUGAGAGUGUCUAUAUACAACAAUUGCUGUUGCGACCUAGGUUGUUAAUUAGUUUACACACAAUAAAUUUCCAGGUUAAUAUUAACCGAAACGCUGGCCAGUCCAACCUCUUGCCACAAGGAAAAUUUCAGUCACAUUAGAUGACCACUGUUCAGGUCAACAUUGAAGAUUCCGGAUGUCAUAGUGGAAGCUGUCAAUCAACAUAAGUCUUAAAAUUAGCCUACCAAUGUGUACUUUACUAAUGUCUAUAUGUCAGAGAGUACAUGAGCCAAUACAAAUCAGUUGAGGAACAAUAACAUCAUGCUGUUUAACCAAUUAAGAUACAACAACCAGCAAUUCUUUGGAAUAUGUGGAAAAUGGGAUUUUCUAAUAAUAAGCCUCCCAGACUGUCCCAGUUUUGUUUUAUUAGUGCCUGGCAUUGGAACACACAUUUAUGAGUUGUUGUUUGGAUGAUCUACAGAAAUGGUUAAUGCUAGAUGUUACUUGUGAAAAUAUGUAUUGUGCCUUUGAAUUGUCUCUGGCUGCCUGUCAGUCUAGCUGUUUGUUUAGCUUUGCAUGUUUGUAUUUGUCUUCUAGUUCUAUUGUGUUCGUCUGUCUUGUAUGUCUCUACUCAGGGUCUGUAUACAGCUGACCUCUUACCAACAGGAAUAAAGCCAUUCAAAAAA